UCCGCCUUUGGCGGUUGAACCUCAACUACUGACCUUUACCGAUUCCUACGCGUCACGCCCGACUUCCCUAAUUACACUUUAUAUCCCAGCGCUGCUGCGUAACGCGCAGGGGUAAAGUGAGUCACGGCGCUUAAUUGCACCACUGUAUAUCACACAGCUUAUCUAAAUUCUCCACUGCUAGGAACAAGUGAUCUGAGCCCCGCAUCUCUUGCGGUCCGGAGACUGGCUGCUGUGAGCGCCCAUCCUGGUAUUUGCCCUGUGAUCAGACUUGAGGCAAUUCAUCUGAUUGCUUGCCAGCCUUGUGGUUUAUUUCCCACAAACUGUCCGUUGAUGACCGGUCAGCUGCGGGCAAAAGAUAUGACGAAAGGAGCUUUAUCCCAUCCGUCUCUUGUUUUAUAGAGACCACAGAAAGACAAGACUUCGAUGAGCACCGGUUGGAUUCUAUCAGAGAUCCACUGCCCGCCUAAGCUUUUUUAGAACGGGUCCAUCAGGCAGAUGAAUCAACUGUCACCACCGGGUCAGAACCGGUGUCAUCUCGAAAAUCUACCCGUGGAGAUUAUUCAGGAGAUCUUCUUCCACUGCCUUGAAUUCAAUCUCCCACGCGCCUCUCUGUAUAUCUCCAGGGUUCUUUCUGAUCCCACGGUCUACACUUGGCUUAUCCGACUCGCCUUCAGCAGCGCGAACGAGAGCUCAAAGAGUGGUUUCUUUACUCCAGACUUUUUACCGCCGCCUCUGAGCUUCUUUGCGCUCUCUGAGCAUCAGAGAAGGGAUCUUCAAAGUGAAAUCCUUGCUUCUCGUUGGUGCACACUACCCUUAAUACGCAAAUGCCAAAGGGAGUACGUGGAACAUGCCAUUCGCCGCAAAUGUCGAGAUCUAGACUUGGUCCCUGAAGAUCACUAUGCUCUAGCCAACAUCAACGGUCGCUUCAGUAACCUAGAAAGUUGCGACAAAGGCUGGGGAGGAUGCCGCAGUAAAGGCGAUUUGAUCCUGAAAGCUCGAGACCGAAACACCGACGUAGAGUACAAAGUCGCAGUAUGGUUUCAUUUUGGGGCGUUACAAGUCCGCAAGCCCAACAAGCUAGUCACCGACCUCGAUCUCUUUCGCCUUCCGUGCUGCUUGCCGGAGCUGCCAGCUCGCAUGCCAAACAAACUGCUCGGCCCACCUUGGACCGACACGAAGCUUGAAUUGCUCCAAUUGCUCUCUAUGGACGCGUACAUCGAUGCAGACGACACCUUCACCCGUUCGCGGCGUAUCCUCCGCCAGGUCAUCCGGGACCGUGAUUUCCCGACCUUCCAGCGACUCGUCAACAUGCACAUCCGCUGCCAGUGCUAUAAAUACCCUGUGCGCUGGCCUGUCCUCCCAAACCACUUCCAGGUAGCAUUGAAGUACGCGGACGAGCAUGACGAUCCAUUCCUCAAACUACUAGUCGAGCAACGAUGGGAUGAUAUCCCUUCAAAUCUGCUGCAUCUCAAAGACCAAUUGAUGUCUAAAGCGGGAGCGAGCCAUAUGUGAUA